UCGGUAUACUACGUCAGUUUCUUUUCCAGGCUGUCCAACCCCCUAACUAUGUUGUCAUUCUGUAUCUGAUAACUUAGUGUUUUACACAAAAGGUCCCAGGUGUACACCGGUCUGUCAGAUCAAUCUCUGUUAUUCACGUCCGACAAUGACGCGCAGCUCGCUUAAUGCAGACACCCUACCUCCACCAACUCCGCCAUACCAAAGUUUGCAUCCUACGAUAUCACCUACAGUGCUCGGUUAUGCGCGCGAGAACUUCGUUACCGUAAGAGUGGGGCUGAUGACCCAGUAGUGGGGAACCAUCACCACUCUUCAAUUAUACUACCAUCGUGGCCUCCCUCGAACCUUCCGGCCUCGCUCUGACGACAAAAAAAAUGACCGCCCUCCCACACAAGUACCUCGAAACCAUCUACGCCGGCGUCCUCGGAAAACUAAUCGGCGUCUACCUCGGCCGGCCCUUCGAAAACUGGACAUACCAGGAGAUCCAAGCGCGUCUUGGACCCAUCCACCACUACGUCCACGACAGAUUUGAAGUCCCGCUCGUCGUCAUCGACGACGAUAUCUCAGGGACUUUUGCCUUUGUGCGCGCAUUAGAGGAGCAUCCUUUUGAAGAUGCAGCUAAGGAUUUUAGUUGUGAGAAUGUGGGUAGCACGUGGUUGAACCAGGUAAUUGAUAAUAGGACGGUGUUCUGGUGGGGCGGCCAUGGGAUUAGCACCGAGCACACCGUGUUUAAUAAUUUGAAGAGAGGGAUAAAGCCGCCGGUGAGCGGUAGUAUGGGGACGAAUGGAAGGACAUUGGCGGAGCAGAUUGGGGCGCAGAUCUUUAUUGAUGGGUGGGCGAUGGUGUGUCCGGGGAAUGCAGGACUAGCGGCGCAUCUGGCGUGGGAAGCGGCGCGGGUGAGCCAUGAUGGGGUGGCAGUGGAUGCGGCGGUGCUGUGGGCGGUGAUGGAGGCUGAGGCGUUCGUGGAGAAGGAUGUAGACAAGCUUUUGGAUAAGGGACUGGAGUAUGUGGGCACGGAGUCGGGGCUGAGGAAGCCGAUUGAGGAUGUAAGAGUUUGGGUGCAGGAGGACGGAGACUGGGAGACGACGAGGCAGCGCAUCGAGGAUACUUACGGGUACGAUAAGUACGGCGGAAUAUGCCACAUGAUCCCGAACCAUCUUAUUAUGGUCAUGGCAGUCCUGUACGCGGGGCAUGACUUCAGUCAGGCGAUGCACAUCAUCAACACGGCGGGCUGGGAUACGGACUGCAAUUCCGGGAACGUGGGGUGCCUCGUGGGCAUCAUCAACGGGCUGGGCGGCUUCGAAAACGAGAAGGCCCUGGACUGGCGAGGACCGCUGGCCGAUCGUGCCCUGAUCUCGACCGCGGAUGGGGGCUACUCUAUCAACGACGCCGUCCGAAUAACGUAUGACCUCGCCAACACCGCCCACAAAAUCGCGGGCCUCACUCCUCUGUCCGCCCCAAAGGACGGCGCGCAAUGGCACUUCUCCCUCCCCGGCAGCGUCCAAGGCUUCCAGUGCACCUCACCCACAUCCUCCGUCCAGAUCGAACAAACCCUCGACGCCAGAACCCCAGCCCUAGGCCUCACCCUUCAACCCUCCAGUACAAACCAGGAAGAAAUCGAAGUCCUCACGCAAACCUUCACCCCCCGCGACGCCCUCGCCGUAAAACGCGACUACGAACUCAUGGCCUGCCCGCUCCUCUCUCCCGGACAGACCCUCUUCGCCGUGCUCUCCUCGCCCGCCACAAACACCACCCCCAUAACCGCCGCGAUCCGCCUCAAAGCAUACGACUUCGACGACGCACUAGUCCCCGCGUCCAGCCCAUACACAACCCUCGCACCAGGCCAGAAGAAAAGCAUAGCAUGGACGAUUCCCGCCGCCCUCGCGAACAAACCUAUCCAGCAACUGGGCGUCGCGCUGGACCAACCCGCCAACCCAGAGGGUACGAACAAGGUAUAUCUGCACAGCAUCAGGCACUCCGGCACGCCUGCCAUGACGCUGUCCCGCCCUCCGCUCUCCACCGGCCCGGGUCUAUCCUCCGUUCCAGAGACCAUGUGGACAUACCAGUGGGUCAGCUCGAUCGACAAAGUGCACACGAAGUUCGGGCCGAGCUUUUUCCUCGCUCAGGAUGCCGGCGAGGGCCUGUAUUACACGGGGACGCGCGACUGGGCUGAUUACAGCGCGAGCGCGGGCGGGUGGAUGGUAAAUAUGGGGGAGGGACAUGGAGUUGUGGUGAGGGUGCAGGGACUGAGGAGGUGGUAUGGAGCCAUGGUAAGGAAGGAGGGGGAGAAGGGAGUAUUAGAGGUUGUCAAGGCGAGGGAUGCAGAAAGGACGGUGCUGGGCUUGGGGGAGGCGGAGUGGGGGUUGGAUGUGAAGUAUGAGAUAGCGGUUGAGGUUAAGGGGAGUAAGAUAUCUGCGACGUUCGGGGAUGUCAGAGUUGAGGCGGAGGAUGGGGAAUAUCGGGGUGGGGCGGCGGGGUUUGUGCUCGGCGCUGGCAGUAUAUGUGCGGACAGUUUGAGGAUCGCCCCUAUGUAGGUGGAGGGAGACGUGGGAGAUAGUCAUUGAUUCGGAGUCUAUUUCGCUUGAGCAUUCGCAAAAUUCAGUCGCUUGUACUUUUAUGGCAGGGGUGUUGAGAACAGCAGUGCGACGCCAUCGUCACCUGCUGUGACGACCUUGCUACCGUCGCCGCCCUGGACAAAGCCCAUGAUUCCACCUCCCUCGCCGCCACCUCGGUGGCCCUUCCACUCGCCGAUGAGACCCUUGGCCGCAGCCGCAGUUCCGCCUCGAGCAUCCCACCGC